AUAUGACUCUUCUCCAGAGACCAGCCAUGAAGACCUUCGUGUUCUGCCUUCUCCUCGCUGGAGCGCUCGCCGCUCCCUCACGUAAGCUGAGGUUUCGUUUAGGUAACAACUACAAGAUCGUGGGAGGCACCGAUGCUGAGCCUGGUGAGUUUCCUUACCAGCUGAGCUUGCAGGACAUUAGUUGGGGUCUUGCAUUUGAUUUCUGUGGUGCCGCCCUCUACAAGGAGAACUGGGCCAUUUCUUCUGGUCACUGUAUCGAACACGAUGACUUUGACAACCCAGAUUAUCUCCAAGCAGUGGCUGGUGAGCACGACAAGUCUGUAAAUGAAGGCAAUGAACAAUCGUCAAUUCUGUCUAAAAUCAUUCUUCACGAAGACUUCGAUGGAUAUUACCUGUAUAAUGACAUAUCCCUUCUUCAGCUGUCUACGCCUCUUACUCUCAACGAAUACGUGGAUGUAAUUUCGCUUCCCGAACAGGGUCAUGAAGCCUCUGGUGACUGCGUCGUCACAGGCUGGGGCGACUUAGAAGAGGGAGGACACACUCCCAAUAUCCUGCAGAAAGUGACUGUCCCUAUUGUGUCAGACAGUGAAUGCCGCGAUGACUAUUCUGUGAAAGAGAUUUCUGAUUCCAUGAUCUGCGCUGGCUAUCCACAAGGAGGGAAGGACUCGUGCCAGGGUGAUUCUGGCGGACCUCUAGCGUGUGAUGACGGGGAUUAUCGUUAUCUAGCUGGCAUCGUGUCUUGGGGGUAUGGCUGUGCUCGUCCCAACUACGGUGUUUACACUGAGGUGGCUUACUUCUCUGACUGGAUACAGCUAAGCACUUUGUAAAAUCUCAUUUAGUAU